UCUUGAUGAUUUAAGAAUGGAAGGAGUAAUCAGUGUGAUGACUUCUGGGAGUAAAUUUAAUCAAACCCGAAGUGCACAUCCUGCUGAACCUCAGGCAAAGGUCACGUUGAACAUCUGCGCAAGGUGUGCCAGACUGCAAGGAGAUAACUUGGCAGAAACAGCAGAGGAUGUCUCACUAGUGUCGCAGACGACCGAGCAAGCGGCAUCGGAUUCCAAUGUUUCAGUGCCUGGGGUGGAAACACUGAUGGAGGAUGCUGAUGAAUUUGAGAGUGCAUCUCAAAUAACAAGACCUCAUCAACCUGUUUGGGACCUGGAUGUCAUGUGUGCCAGAAACGGAGAGUCCCCAAGCCAGAAACUCCUGAAAGACUCCUUAGCCGCAAAAGAACUGCAGACCAUGGAAAAACAUCUAGCUGACAUUGAAAAGGACCUAGCACUCUGGGAAGAAGCAAGUAAUAGUCCACAUAUUAAUUUAGUUGCAUCACAUCAUCCAGGAAAUCUUCAAGCCACAGUAGGACAAAAUUCAAGGCCUCAAGUGCCAAGUCAAACUGGGAAAAAUAUUCAGCUGCAGCUGCAAGGAAACAAAUCAUCACCGCUUCCUACUAACAGCAGAGCGCAGAUCUCCAGUAUCUCAAACAGUAGGCCUCAGACUUCCAAUAUGCAGAGCAACAGGCCUCCAACGCCAUCGACUCCAGGAAGCAGACCUGCAACCCCAAAUAGUUUGUUGCCACGAUCUCAUACCUCUAGCAACCAGGGAAAUAAGGAUGGAAUCCUUAGUAUGCAAAGGAGCAGAUCCUUAACGUCGAAGAGUCAAAUUGGGAGGACUCUUGGCACUCCUUCAGGGCUAGCUGUAGAAAUGGGCGGAGAUAUUAUUGGAACUGUCCCUCAAAGAAUCAGUUUGUCAGAAGAUGAAUUGUUACAUCAAUUUCAGCUUGCCCACCAACCAUGGAUAUUGCCAAGUGACACAGAGAGUGAAGGUGUGGAAGCAGAGCAAGAUAAAUAUUAAUAAACAUUAAAGCAUUCACCCACAUCUAUCAAUAUGUAAGUCCUGUUCAAGUCUCUCAGAGAGCUAGUUGCUCACCAUAAUCACCUGGAGAGAGGCAUAGGCAGGGAAGAAAGAGAGUGGUAAGGAAGGGAGAUGUAGCAGAAACAGGUGUUGCCUAUGUCACACAGCUUUGUACUGAGUUUAUCUACUUUGUUCUUAAAAAA